UAUGCAGAGUGCAGUAAAGGUCCUCACGCUUACAGUUCCUUACGGUGUCAGUAAUCAUAGAGCUUAGGCCAAGUUCCUUUGCCAUCUAUUACCAAAGGCACUGGAACUCUAAAACCGAGGAUCUGGAGCCAUGGCUGUCACAAAUUUCCACUACAUAACUCGGAUGAGCAGCGGUUUUAAAGUUUACAUCCUAGAGGGUCAGCCACACCUGAGGAGUGAGGACCGGUUCCGUCAUAUAACCAGUGACAGAAUCAGAGUGACUGCUGCUCACCCAUUCAAACAUAAGCAAAGUUCAGAACAAGGACGAACACUGGAGGAGAGAAGAGAGAGGGCCCAAAGCAAGAGGCUGGUCAAUACUGACAGGAUGGCAUCACAAUUCAACGUGCCUGAGAGUCCUACAUCCACCUGGAGCCCCAAAACAAGUCCGGCUCACCUUAGCUCGAAUGCAGUUAUAGAUGAGCCAAUUGCCCUUGUCAAAAAAAUGCCCCUGGAGACUGAUAAUAAAAAAAAAAAUACUGCAGUACGACAGGUUCGUCCCUCUGUGAUUACAUGUGGCUCAUCAACAAAGUCAGCCUGUAUGCCAGUAGCCUGUUGCAAGCACUCCCCUGUUAUAACGCAGCACAGUUAUGAUAAUGUUGAGGAACAUUUCCAGCGGAGCCUUGGGGUGAACUAUCAAAAAUGUUCUAAGCAAAUCUCUAUCAGCGUGUCUGUGGACGACCAUUUUGCCAAGGCUCUUGGAGAGAAAUGGCUAGAACUCAAAGCAUCCUCUUCCGCUUGCAGUUCAUCUUCCAUACAGUCAACAUCAUCUUCAUGUUUAACCAGUAAUCCCCCUUUCAUCCACUCAUCUGGUUAUGGCCAUAGCCCUAAGCGAGCUCGGGAAGAUUGUGCCAGCCCAACUGCAGCCCCUCCAGCAUGCUGUUAGGGAAAUAAAACUGGAGGAAAAAAAAGGUUUUCAAAGUGUAUAAUGGACUUGAGAGUUUUUCACAUAGAACUACAUUAUGCAUGAUUACUGCAGAUAAAUAAAAUGGCAAAGGCAUGCAGUUAAAUAACAGAAUGAUGGGAUAGUGAUGCAAUAUUGAGAAUCACUAUAAAGGAUCUCUGUAUGGGAUUUUUUUUUUUUACAGGAUCUGAUCACUAUGCAUUCUAACUUCAUGUACUGAAAUGCAUGUUAUAAUCAGUUAUUUUAUUACUUUUUUAGUCCUUGAUUGCACUGAUAAUAAAUAAUAAUAUUAUUUGAGUAGUAUGCCACCACAAUAAUGUAGUAUGUGCCUGUAGGUCCCAUAGUCAAAUAAUGGUACCAUUAAAAAAAGAACAUAAAGUUCUCAAAAGAUGGCGGCUAAUAUGUUGUUUUUGAAGAUGAUUGAAUGAAUUAAUAAAUGUGAUGGGUUGGGUAA